CUCUGAAUGGCUUUCCAAAGUGUGUGUUAAAUAUAUUUUCUAUUAUUAAUAUUACCUUUUUCACAAAUUAAUUUAUAAUCAGUGUCAGUGAAGAAGACACUUCAAUAUACAACUAAUAGCAUCCAAAUUUGCUCUUGGGAAGAGGCCCCAAACACACUCCUGGUGACAGAGCUGAUCACAUGUGACAGCUGGUGGACAAGAAGAGAGAAUAAGUUUUUAUUAAAAAAAGACCUCUUAAUAAGGAGCUGCAGAAUGCACACUCCACCCAUUUGCACUAAGGCUCCAACUUAGAGCAAUUCAAAAGGCCUUCAUAACCAGAGUCCCUUCACAUUACCACAAACACUUGCCUGUAACUCAAACUGCGUUCUAAACUCUCCAAGAGUCACAAAAGCCUAGGCAUACAAAUAAUCUAGGAAUUAAACGUGAAAUUAGACUUUACAGUCUAGACAGUUUUAAAGAUGGGGCUUAACAGCAAUGAAAAUAUUGCUUUCUGAAGUUACAAGCAAGAAGAAUACCUAGAUACAAGGCACAUCAGGAAAGAAAUACCUGAACGUUGCCAUUUUGAAAUGGCUAAGGUGCAGCCAACAAAGGCGACUAAUGAUCAAAUAACUUCCUGCAACACCCCUUCAAAUAAUCGGAAAGAUAACAGACCAAGUUUUUCUUGGUAGAGCUACAGAGGGGCAAUAGAGCAACAGACUAGGAAACUCAAUCUAAAUAGCAGGAAAAAAAGUUUCUACUGGCAGCAUUGCAUUGCACUGGAACAGGUAGCCAGUGCGACUGCUGAAAUUUCAUGUGUGGAGACCUUCGAGUCUUGGCUAGAAAAAGACACAAACGAUGACCUGAUGCUAAUAACAGAUGUGCUUCAAGCCAAGUGUCCACACCACAAACUAUUGUCCCCUGCCCUUCCUGAGGGCCAUUUCAUUAGAGAAUUAGGUCUAGAGGAUCAGUAGGAACAGUGUGGAGUUGUGAAACACGUGGUGCCUGCAGAUUCACUCCACCAGCUUGCAUCACAGGAGAAACCAGGGAGUCGAUUAGGAAUGUGACUUCUAAGAGAACAGCUUAAAAACUAGACACGGGGGAUCCCAGCCCAUGUCAUUUUCUGACAGAGAGGACAAACAUAUUAUCACAUGGACGCUCAUAGGACACUUGCACUUAGAUGAAUGACAAAGCUGUGUCCCCACUGUCCCUCAGUCUAGCCCUGCUAAUGGCUGUAAAUAAUGACCUUGUGACACAGGAAAAUGGGUAGGCGACAAAGUCCCUGGUGUGAUCUGCCAUGACGGUACAAAACUGGAAGAGUGUUGCUGCCUCCAGAGGACACAGCUGUGCAGAAAUGAGAUUACUGUGAAAUCAAAGAUAAGAUAUAACUCUGAGCAAAAUGAGUUGGACAUAAACAAAGAAACCCCACAAAUAAGACCAGUACUGCAGUACACCCACCAGUAGGCAGGAGUCAACUUCAAAUUAUUCCAAUAAAAAUCCUAGGAUGGGAUAAAAUCCACCCUGGGAAUUUGGCUGCUGGCUUUAGCUAAAACAGGUCUCAGACUCAAUUACAACAGUGCUCUCCACAAUUUUAAAAAGGAAAACUUUCAGUAGUCACAUAAACCAUUUAUUGCAAGCAAUUUGCUUGGAGAUGGAACUAGACCUCACUUUGUAACUGCCUGCAAGUACAGAUACAUGGCCUUCUCAGCUUGAUUAUACAUCAUCUUCAGGUUUCCUUAGGCACUUCAUACUUCAUGCAAUGCCAUAGGUAUAGUGGGACAAAUAUCUACAGAACUCAACAGGACAUCACAGUAUGCCCUCCAUUCCUGAACUAGAAAGACUGGAAGAUAAUGCAUCUCUGUGGUAUUUGCCGCACACAGAGGUAAUCAACCAACCAGGGCCAGCACAGUCCUCUGUAAAUAGUCUGUCCAUGUGUAUAUACGGCAGGCAUGUUUGUCCACCUUUUGAAAGCAGAUACAGGACGGGGGAAAAAAAAAGGUACUCGAUGUUAAGAGCGUAAGUACCAUUUUUUGAUACAACACUAGAACUAAUACAGACUAUCAAGUUGCACAGGGGAUAUAGGCGUGAGCAAAUCAUUUGAUGAAGAAUUUUUUCACUUUUGCCCCUCUUUCCAUUUACGGAAUCUCAAUCUCCUGCUAAUAGGAUAUGAAGAAAUUACUUUUUUUGAAACAGCCACUCAACUUUUCAAGCAAGUUCUGCAUUCAGAGACUUUCACUGUCCUUUACUAGGCAGUAGUGAAACUCCAUGUCCUGACUUGAAGCUCUCUAAAUAACAUUUUAAAAAUUAAUAAAAAAUAUUCACAAACAGACUUUGGAUUGAGCAUAAGUAUUUCAUUUCCAAGAAGCUCUUAGUUAUUUUUGUCAGGGAGCCAAUUUUUAUCUCCUGCUUAAAAGAGAAUUUGCAAAGUAUAAGUGGGAGUUAGAUCCCCAUUUUGCCUUUGAAGAUUUUGAAAGAGCACAGGGGCAAAGAAGUCUCUUCCACGUACUAAAAACCCACAGACCUUGGAGGGAGGGAAUCCCAAAGAACCACACGUUUUACAUUUGCUGUUACUUGGCUGGAUUUCAUACAAGAGUUUGGAUAAUAAGGAACCCAGGGCAGCAAUAAAUGAAAUUUUAGCUAAGAGCAUUUCUUAAUUUCUCAUCUGAGCAAUAAGACAUGUUUAAGGCAAUAUCAUCUUAUAAAAUUAAACAUUGGCUUCACAUGUGACUGCUCAUAGGAACUACAGGCAAGGGAUGCAGUGCGAGUACCAUCAUACUUUGCUGCCUCUCAGUCUCAGUGUAAUUUUUAAAAAUCUGUAAAAAUGCUUAUAUUGCUCAAGUAACUAUAAGCCCUUGUCUGUUAGCUGUCAAUGCUAAACCACACUGGAGGGCUUGUGGGGAGCAAAUGCUAGAAGGGAGCAGCACUGUACAUAGUUGCUUAUGCCCUUACUCUAUUCUAAACAGAGAUAUCCAUGAGAUCCAUUCAACUAUUCUUACUUCCUACUCCUAUAGUCUGAUCAAUUUAGCUUAUAUUUUAUUUUGGUAUUUUUCCUAGUAGAAAAAAAAAAACAACCACAACUACAAAACAUGAUUUCUGUAGCGUUACAGGAUCUGAAAUACCUCUCUCAGCUGUGAGUUCAAGAAGAAACUUUUCUUGAUAAGUCACCUUUUGCAAAUGAUUCUGGCUAUGACCUACAGACAAUCUGAAUUAAAUCCAUUCAUAAGAUACGGAGAUCCACUGAAGACAUGAACAUUGGCUGUCAGGGGAAUACAUUAUGCAGCACAGGGAGAUAAAGAUUAUUCAUAGCCUAAAAAGGGCACAGAAAGCUUUACUGAGAGCUCACAGAAGGGUUUGCCAUCUCAUUCAAUUCUACGUUUCUUCUCCACUAGAAGGUUGAGGUGAUGAAUCCAAUUAACAAAAGCAUCUUUCCCAGAAAUAGAAUGCGAGUGCUCUGGUUCAGAGGGAACAGAGCACAGUAGGCUCAGGAAGUAUCUGUGGAGCCAAGUAUUUUAUCUGUAGCAGUAUUUCCCUUGAGCAGUGACUCUCAUUUCUCUGAGAACACCUAGUUCAGCACCCUUGAGUCUACCUGAAGGACUCUGAAUGGAAUGAAACCGAAGUUGUUCUUGAUCCAAAACUACAUAAAGUGCUCCCAGGAAGGGAACUCAAUUAAAUAAACUCACUUCUUAACAAUGAAUCCAGAAAGGUUCCAGCUUGGCAGAAACAUAUAAACUCUCAAGAAACAUUUUGCCUUUUACCUCACAGUUGCAGCCUUUUGCUUUACACUCCACAGCACAGAGUAUAGCCCUUAGAGUACCUCACCACAGACCCAGCAACAGCAAGUAAAACACAUUUCUAUGGCACCUUAGUCCUACACCAGUCUGGCCUCCUGUGCCCAGGCCAACAAUAAACACGAGGAGCCCCAGAACCUUUUCUAAUUUGGAGCUGCCUUCAAGUUGCAUCACAACACCCAUGUCUUACAGCAGCAAUUUCUCCCUUCUCUUAACCAGUUCAACCCUCACACUCAAAGGCUAGAAGCACGCUUGUUACUCCACUAUUCCACUUGCUAAGGGGGCUCCAAAUAGCACAAGGGCCCAAAGUCAGCUUCUACAGAGAGGAGAUCCUUUUAUUCCUAGAACCUGAGAGAAGAUAGGCUACUGGAAUAGCCUGUAUUUGGUAAUAGUACAAAGCAGAAAUAUUGGAGAUCCUUCAUGGAAUAAAAGACUUCCCUCUGCCAUGUCUCAAAGGCAAGGUAUUGCACUCUCCACUUCUCCUUGAAGUCUCUGUCAGCAUUUGGUGCUCCCCGUUCCCUCAUUCCCAGCUCCACACUUCUUGAAAAAAAUAAAUGGAACAUCUGCAAGUUUGCCAAAGUCCUACAACAUAGUUAACUACUGGUUCAGGUCAGAUGUUUUCUCACUCCUCAGAAGUUCCCUUUGCUUCUGUUAAAAAGUAAUACUAUUUACACACAUGGAUUGAAUAAGAUUGAGAAAGAAAUAAACCACUAGAAGAAUAACUGUUUUAACUAACUAUAAACUAGUGCGGCCUCACUGACUUCAAAGAUAAACCUAAUGCUACUGAGGCACAGGUAUCUCAUAGCGAAAGGAUUACUGUUAAAAGCACAAUAGAGGGGAACUGCCAGUUAGUCUUGAAAAAAUGUGCUCUUUCCCAGCUGGUAGGAAUUGGUGCAGCUGCACUGACUUCAGACAGCCAGCAGCAUGCUACGUAAUUUAGCCUGUAGACAGCACAGUUAUGGAAAAGAAGGGUGUCACUUGCCCUAUUUAGUUCAAGUAGCUAAUGUUAGAACAAGUUAUGCUGGACACUGGUCAGUAGUCUGUUCCUGGAGCCCCAGCUCUUUGUGCUGUGUGGUUUACGCACAUCAUGGGACAGCUACAGCACACACACUGAACAUGGGUAGAGUUACCACUUGCAGAGCUGAGCACAGUAGAAAGGGGAUACAACUGAGAACCUCGCAGAGAGGAAACACAUUAACAUUAUUAAUUUUAUGUGGAAAAAAAUGUAGCCUGAGCCCUUCCCUCUUGGAGGGCACACAGCCUGGGUGGCUCUCCUUUACAUAGACUUGUGUGAACUGAGCUGCAACGAGCAGCUCAGCCCCGUGGCUGCAGUUAAUUCCCUUACUGGGUUCUUUUCUGGAUCUCCACCUGGAUGCCCAGGAGAGCUGGACCUGCUGCUGUACAGCUGAAACCUAGGUGGCAGAUACCACUACCUGUGCCACAGAAUCCUUCCCCAGGGCAGAGAGAAGGGUGGAAGACUGGAAGGGUACACCUCCAGCAGCCAGGCACAGCAAGGAAGAUGACUUGGUGGCUGAGCCUGGUCCAGACAACUGGCACUCCAGCACGGGGACCUCCUUCUUACCCUUGCCCCCUCAGUGUAUCACUGCUGGGAGAGGGGACAAGGACAGGGCUGCCGCUUGGGCAAGUACCGGCUCAGGGACCGUUCUGCACCGACAGCCCCCUCCGGCGGGGCAGAGGAGCGAAGCACGCCUUACAGUAGGGGCAGCUUCGCUGAGGGAAGCGGCUCAUUUUCUCGCCGAGAGGAGGGAAGAAGCGCCGGGUGCCCAGGAACAGCGGCCGGGGCUCCGGGGGUGGGGGCUUUUCCCUGAGCCCUGACGUAGAAUUAAGCCGGGAUGCCCGCCUCGGCUUCUUAAGGAGCGCGGCGGCAGGCACGGAGAGCGCCCUGCCCGGCUCUCCCUGCACGCCGGAGCGCCGAGUGACACAAUGGACUUUGGUAACAGAGGGAGAAUCCACUGCAGUAUGAGGCUCACCUACUCUCUGCUAGUCAUGGGAAUGUUCUGCGUGACAACUUUCCUCUGUCAUAGUCAAAUUGAUCCGCUGGCUCUUGGGCGAGCAGAUCCUCAGUGCUGGGAAUCCUCCUCAGCUGUCUUACUGGAGAUGAGGAAGCCUCGCAUUUCUGACUCUGUCAGUGGCUUUUGGGACUUCAUGAUCUUCCUGAAAUCAUCAGAAAACUUGAAACAUGGGGCUCUAUUCUGGGACCUGGCUCAGCUCUUCUGGGAUAUCUACGUGGACUGCGUGCUCUCCAGAACCCACGGCCUAGGAAGAAGACAACUUGCAGAAGCUCAACAGAAGAUCACUACUCUGCCUUCUCAGUUCACAGGGAGAAACCAAGGGAUGUUCACUCAUAUUCAGAGGUCACCAGUUCUGAGGAAGAAAGACUUGUUUGAAGAUUUAAUAAAAAACCAUGUGCAUAAGAGUAGAUCUACAUUACUUGGAAGAAUCACUGGAGAACUAGGGAAAAAAAGGAAACGACACAUUUAAUCCAAGAUCUCGAUUUGUAGAUUUUUUUUUAACUGGUUCUCUUUAAUUUUUGCAUUUUAAGUCUCACUGAUAUUAAUUUACAGGUGGAUAAAUGCCUAUAACUAGUACUGUAUCUGAUUAACUUCUGGGUUGUUUUGUUUUUGUGUUGUUUUUUUUUUUUCUUAAGUGCCUAUGAAUUUAGUCUCCUUAAUAAACUGCAUGGUUUAUAAGCAGUUACCUACUUCAAUCUGUAUGUAUAUCAGGCUUUUUGUAAUGCAUGUGACCUACUCAAACUAUUUUACUUUGAGUGCCAAAGCAGGAAAAAAACUAGUCCUCCAAUGAGACACAGACAAACAGAGCAGGAAGUUGCCCCAAACCUCCACCAUUGCCAUUACUGUACAUAUAGCUGCACACAUGUACAAAGCAACCACUGCUGCAAGAUAUCGUCCUACUAAAGAGAAGUACUACAUAUUUUUUCUAUUAAAAAUAUCUCCCAAAGACUUCUACAUUUACCAGCAAAAAAUAAAAUGAAAGAUGUUAACAGGUGUCAUCAGCUCCUCUGUUUGCUCUCGUAGAACCAUUUAGGAUAUUUCCUUAGAUUUCUAGUUAUACAAUAUAUAUUUGUUUAUAUAUAUUAUAUAUAUAAUAUAUACAUGCUUCUUAAAAUGUAACACAUUCUCACAAAGUAUAUAAACAAAGGAAUUCUCAUACAUGACUUAAAAUUGCUUCUUUCUUUUAGUUUGCAAGCUGUUUGUAACCAAGUCAGUUUUCUUUGACUUGAUAACUCUAGUAGGCAAUUUGAUAUUAUUAUUAUAUAUUUUAUUAUUGAUUGUUAUACCAUCCAUAUGCUGGAUGUAUGCAAAUACAAAAUUCAGCUUUCCAGGGCAAGUCUAUUUAGUUGCUCAAUCAAAGCCUCUUUCCUUGAGCAUAUGGCAAUAUUUAUUCUUUUCUUCACAAAAUACCCAAAUAAAAAUUCAUUUGCAGAAGUAUUUUGGGCAUUCAGCAACUUGAAGUAAGUUCAAGUAGAAAAAUGCAUAAAUGAAAUCUUGAAAUGACUACUGGACCUGAAGAAAAUAAAUGUUAAUCAUUGUCCCAUUGGAUAGAAUCCUGAUUUUACAAAAGAAGAAAAUAAACCUCAAGAAACCUACCAAAUUCAGUGGAACUGAAUAAGUGCUUAAAGUUGAGCAUUAAACAAAUCAUGUAAAUGUGUAACUGAGGAGGGAUCAUGAAAGUAAUGUGAGUACAGGAGCAUGCCCCUGCCUGCAGCUGCUGCCUGUAAGAGUGCUCUGCUACCAUGUGGGAGGGAGGCGAGGGCAUUGUUACAACAGAUCUGCUCACUCUCAUUCUACCACUGUUAAUUAUCUAAAUUAUAUUAAUAUAUCUAAAAGCCCCGUUACGUGCAGCUUUCUACUAACACAAGUGAGACCAUCUUCAUUCACAAUCCCUUCAGUUACUAAGACUAGCAACAAAGUACACUAUGGGCCAGAUGCCCAGCCAAGUAGGAUUGGUAUUGCAGUAGAGCAGAUGCUAUCUGUUCCCAUAUGCUUUCAAGCUCUAGAAAACAAAACAAAACAAAAAACCAUAGAAUCUGAACAGGUACUGUUAGACUUUGUUUCAUAUCACCCUUUGGGAAGAGGGUACUGCAGCCAAAUUUUAUGUUCCUCCUAAACAAGAGGAUCUCAUAGGAAAGGGUUCCUGGCAGCUUUCUUCCUCCCUUCAGACAGCAACAGAAAUUGAGAAAUACCACUGCUGGUCAAGCAGAUGUUUAGCUUAAACAAAUUAACAAUAUUGUUCUGCUUCAGCACGUUCCUUUAUUAACAGGCUGUGGCACCAUUUGGCCUUUGAGGAAGUGGGCAGGGAAGGAUUAGUACGUGCAGUAGAGACUAAGAAAACAGAUGAAUCUUAAGCACAGGUCCCACUAUAGAGAACGUUUGGAAAUUGCUGAGGUAAAGGAGAUGAUCUAUGUUAUUAAUUGUGCUGAAAUAAAUUUUAAACAAAAAGGGGAGGAGGAUGAAAUUUCAUGUAAACAUGUAUGUGAUAGAAUUCCUAUGUGAACUCCUACCUCAGACAUUUUCUUCUCUCUGAAGGACUCACAGCUUAAUUCUGUUUUAUAAGGAAGGUCUUACUUGCUCCAGAUCUCAAUGAGUUGGCAUAAAAUCACAGCUAGAUGAUGCUGUUUGCUAUUGAUUCCUUUAUUAUAAACUGGGGCCUCCCAGGAUAGUUGCGUUAAGCAAGUACAGUGAGGAUGAGAUGUAAGCAGGUUUGCUGUACUGUCUCAAAAUAAUAAUUCAAAGUUGUUUCCUAUCCUCUCCCCUGUGAAUUUCAUGGCAGAUCUUGGCAUGAACCAGGAAUAUUUUCAUUGUUUCUGUUCCUGGCUUGCUGUUCCUUAGUCUGAGCAUGGCAGGAGAAGGGUGGAAUGAACAUUUAUGACUGAGGUUGCUUCACUGUUAGCAGGACUGAGUAACAACAAAAUAAAGUCUUGAGACUUUGCCCUUUUCAUCUUAUAGAGAACUAGCAACUAAUUAAGUGCUUAUUGAUGUGGGAAAACACUUCGCUGAGUCUCCACUUGCUGCCACAAAGUGAGAGUUAAAUACUAAGAGGUUCAGGGAUAUCUAUCUUAUUAGCAUUUGUAUUCCAGGCCUGUCCCAUACUGCAUCUGACCAAACCAGUAUUUGUCAGCUGUUAAUGUUUCCAACUGAUAUUGAUUCAUAUCCACCUGCUUUGAAGAGUACUUAAAGCUUCAUCAGAAGUUGCUGUAUAUCUUCCCAAAUUAGCCAGCUAUGCUGUUUGGAUUGUUGUUUGCAUCUCUUGGCAAAAGUAUAUCAGAAAAUCUACUAAUCUUCCAUUUAUGUGAGAAUACGGAGGUAUGCACUUCCUAGUGAACUCUGCUAUUUGUUUCCUGUUUUCUAGAGUCUUUCUUUGUCAAUUAGUUUAUUUAUCUUUCAUCCUCUUCACCUCUCAUUUGCUAGAGACAAUCUGUUAGCUUACAGUUGCAUACCAUUCUUUGUUGCCGUAAUUCUUGGAUGUUUGCGUUAUGUGCAGUUAUGGCUUUCAGUGACUAAAACUAGCAGAAAAAAACCCAGGACUGUUCAGUACCAUCACUACCACAGUAUAAGGUCUUUCAAGAAAGUAGCUGAGUUGUUACGAACAGAAAGCAAGAUUUUUAGCCAUUUUCUAGGCAGUCCCUGUAUCUUUGUGAUUAUAACUUAUUAUGAAAAAUAGAAGACAAGGAAAAUCAAGUCGUCUGCUGUGCAGCCUUUCUUCCGCACUACGCUCUUCAACCUUUUUCUAUCACAUUAGUCUAAACUGUGUUUCAUUAUACAUGAAGCUAAGUUUCAGAAUAUGUAAUUUUCUUUUUUUUUCUUUUUCCCAAACCAAAUUUGUUUUCUUAGAUAUCACAAACUAAUUCCUAUAAAAAUUAGGAGUCUUUUCUCUCUUGGUGAGCUGGUAUAAUUCAAGUAACUCAACCAAAAUCCUUAAAAACAUGGAAAUUGCUCUUGAACCAUGACUGGUUUUGAGCACACAUGCACAUAUUAAUUCAAUAUUUUUUGUCCACAUCCUGCAGAACAAUGAUACUAAGUGGCUUUCUCUCUCUCUCUGAAGUGGUACUGAAUCAUUUCCAUUUCUCAGAUCUUUAAAAUACUUCCAUGUACUAUCAGAAAAAAUGUUUUCCUUGUAGUUGUCAACCUGAAGAGAUACAGCACAAUUCAUACGAAGUAAUUAAAGCAAGGCACAACGACAGUUAAGAGAGAGAAAUGGGCAAUCGUUUGCACUGCUGAAGAAUCAUGCUUUAGUAAAUUUGCCAUUAGUUCAUGGGGUCACUUGAUAAAUAGUUAAGAAUCCAAAGAAGUAAAACACGUGAUAAUAACAUACACAUCUUUAACAUGCCCCAUCUUCAUCCAUUAUCUCAACCUUCAGAAUGGCUGUUACUAAAACAUACGCAAUUAUAACACUCUCCAUCAUUAAAGAUUACACCAGUGUAUCUCAGUGAAAUCACCGGUGUUGUACUGCUGUAAAAACAAGAAGCCAACAGGAAGUGGUGAAAGAAAAGCCAAGAGUACCUAUUAUUUUUCUCCUAAGAAUGAUCUAAAUUUUUUCCAAGGCUUUCAUUCACUCAUCACUAUAAGAAAUUAAGCUAGACUAUAGUAUGAAUGGACCAAACCAGUAUUUCUUUUGUCUGGUAUCUUCCUUUCUCUUCAAAUCCCAGCCUACUUGUUGCUGAGGCCUAAUAAAUCCUUUGUAGUUUAUGUCAACAAGUGUAAUCUACUACCAAUAGCGAAUCAUCUACUUCCAAACUUCCACACAAUAUUUGUAUGUUUACUUAUACAUGCAGAUGUACUCCUGUAUGUAUAUGUACACGCUUUAUAUGUUUUUUAAUACUCUGGAAGUUUUAGAUUCAUACAGUGCUAGCAACCAAUUAAAUAUGACUUCUCGCACAUUUUAGAUGCUGUAGGUAACGUUACAUUCUUAUUAACCAUUCCGUAUUAGACAUUACAUUCUUAUUAACUUUCUACACUAAGAUAUAUAUAUAUCUCCAUCAAUAAUGGAAUGGCUCAUCUAGAGCAAUAAAAUUCCUUUAAAUAUUCAAAGCUUUUUUUCCCUUUAAAUAUGUAUUUCUCAAUUUGGAAUAAUGUGACUAUUGAGUAUUGAGUCCUGAGAUGUCUGACAGUAAAGAAUUUAUUCCUUCCAGCUGCACUAAGAAAAAGUGUCUUGAUAGCCAAUAUAUCACUGAAAGCGCCUGCCUCAAGCCAUUCUUAUAGGAAAAGAAAUGUUUCUGAAACAAUAAUCAUUACCAGUUACAAAGCAGUGAGAAGAGAGUAGAGGACAGGACAGUUCUGAAAGCCAGUGUAGCAUUAGUGAUGAUGUACUCAUUUUAAUCAGUUGCCCCCGUAUCUACUGUACAGGAGCUAGAAACCACUAACAGAAAAGGAAUGUUGUUCUCUAACACAAUUUAUGGUUCCUGGUGAAGUUGUUAAAUGUAGAAAUCUGUUAGGCUCGGUUACUACAGUGCAAAAUCUGAGAUACUUUAAAGAGUCUGACAUGGCUUU